AAAGAAAAACAGGAGGCCUGAUAUUAGAAAAACGAUUAAAACCAAAACCGACUCCAAAUACUUGUAGGUUAUAAAAUUGCAGUUAGAUUGCAAGAUUUGCAACCUCUUUCCUCUCAAAUUUUCCAGAAAACCCUAAUCGAAGAGAAGCAAUAGAAAUUGAGAAAAAAACUUUAAAAAAAAAAUGGAUGACUCUAUCCCUGUUCGUCUUUUUCGUUCUAUUCCUCCUCUAACUGAGUUUCGGGAUGCAGAUCCAUUGGAUAGCACUAACCUCGAUAAAUUUACGGACGAUCUUCUAGCGAAGUGGGACGAGUGGGAGAAGGAUUCCUAUCCUAUAUUCAUUCCCGAUACGGAUAUAUUCUUCCCAGGGCGUACGGACUGUUCCAAACCCAUCAGCAAGGCGGAGCUCCAUAGUCAACUGGCUGAGUAUUCUGAAAAGGCCUUGGCUUACUUUAACAAAACCAAUAACACGGACUAUAAGGCUGAAAAUAAUGGCGAAAUCGUCCAUGGUGAUCAGGAUCAUUGUUAUGCUACUCAUUGCAACUUCACUGCUAAGCCUGAUAGAGCGCCUCUCAUUCCUGGGGAUUUUUCCAGCAAGCUCUUCUUUGCUGAAUUUAUGGAAACUCUUCAGUCGAAGACUUCCCUAACUUAUUGUAGUCUGCUAGAUGGUGCGGACUACAAUAAAUACUGCAAAAUGUGCCCCAUGGGAGUGAUUCGUCAUCCGAAAAAUUUCCGAUAUGGUGACAAACCACCCCUGGAUUGAUUUCUCAGCCAAUAACUGAAUUUUGGUGAGGAAGGGGGGUUGGAUGAAUUGUACAUGGAAGGGCAUCAUAUGUGCCACUUGAAGACCAUGUAGUAAACUUGUAGUAAUGUGUGGCUUGCAUGACUAUUUGAAUGUAGCCUAAAUAUGGUAAUGUGUGUGGUUUACAAGAAAGUUUGAACUUAUAGUAAUGUGUGAUUUGCAAGACAAUUUGAAUGUAAUAUGUGGUUUGCAAGACUAUUUGAAUGUAGCCUAAAUAUGGUAAUGUACUAAUGUAGCCUAAAUUAGCUAAUAACUA